GGUGGGAGUGCUGUGUUUGCAGGUGUCCCUGUUUGGGGACCGGUCAGACAUUGAGCAUUGAUGGGGACAGCAGGGACAGUGGCUGCUCUGUGUGGCACUGAGAGCCCCCAGUCCCGUGGCAGGUUUAACAGGGCAUCCCUGAUCAACGUGGGCUUCCUGGAGAGCGGCAACGACACCGACUACAUCGCCAUGCACGACGUGGAUCUCCUGCCCCUCAACGAGAACCUGGACUACAGCUUCCCGGAGGCAGGGCCCUUCCACGUGGCAUCCCCCGACCUGCACCCUCUCUACCACUACAAGACCUACGUGGGUGGCAUCCUGCUGCUCACCAAGCAGCACUACGAGCUGUGCAAUGGCAUGUCUAACCGCUUCUGGGGCUGGGGACGGGAGGACGAUGAGUUUUAUCGGCGUAUCAAAGGAGCUGGUCUCCAGGUUCGUCGUCCCUCUGGAAUCACAACUGGAUACGAGACUUUCCAGCACCUGCAUGACCCAGCCUGGAGGAAGAGAGACCAGAAGCGCAUCGCUGCGCAGAAACAGGAGCAGUUCAAGGUGGAUCGGGAGGGAGGCCUGAACAACGUGAGGUACCGAAUCGAGUCACGGACAGAUCUGAGCGUGGCAGGAGCCCCUUGCACCGUCCUUAAUAUCUUGCUGGACUGUGACACAAACGAGACCCCCUGGUGCACAUUUGGCUGAGCCCGUCCCUGUGUGCCAGUCGUGUGCUCUGUGCUGGUGCCAGGACUCCGUGGCUGCCGUGGAGCUGCCUGGAGCAGGCAGGGUUUUUGCAGUGGAUGAGCAUGGCAGUGCUGG